AUGUUCGAUUUCCAAGUUGAUCCAUUUGGAUUCAAACGUGUUGUGCAAAAGACCUCUGCCAGCUUACGAUACGAGAAAUACAACACGCUGCGCCUCAAAUAUAACGAUGAGAUCAGCAAUGAGAAUGACCAUCCUUCCGGUCCAAAUGUCGUGGAGAAUCGCAUGGACAAUUUAUGGGUAGAAUUUCCAAAGAUCCAAGCCAUAUGUAACUCGUCACAAUACUAUGCUAUGUACAUCAUUGUGUUGGAUCUGCUUAUGUAUAGCGAGCCUCUGGAAAAGACUAGGAAUGAACGGCUCGAAAAGAUUAUGCUCGCGUCUGACUUCAGCGACUUGCGUGGGGCUCCCGAGAUGGUCACUCGACUUCAAGAACGAAUUAGACAGCUUGAUGAGAUCAAGACACAAUUCCAAAUCCAUUCAAAGUCGCUUGAUAAGAAGGGUUGGGAGGAUAGAAUCACGCUGGAUAGGGAUCUUGCAGCCUGUGAAGAUGAAUUGUUUUUCAUGAUGAAGGCUAUUACAACUUCUCAGCGAAAGUAUGAUGGCACACAGGCUAGCGGUCUCUUACGAUGGAACAUCUCUUCUGACCAAAUCGUCUGGCAUCUAAUUCGUGAUAAUAACGAACCCUUGAUGGAAUUUCAAAUCCAGCAUGCCGAAUAUGAUCGAACCGAUAACUCCGACGGUUCACAUAUCAAUCUAAUGCAGAUCGGAAACAUUGUAGGACUCAAUCUGAUGCCUGAUGCCAUCUAUCCAGAGAUGUUUGCCCCAUACUUUGAUGUCGAACGAGGAGCAUUCAACGAAGGAGGAAAUCAACAAAUGCUGAGAGUUUACUGGUACAUGUUGGAAGCCAUUGCUGGUAUACCGGUGAUGGACCAUUUCGAAGUUAACCUUUUCCCAAUGAAGAUCCAACUUGAACGCGAGGUUGGUAAAAGGCUUUUCGAGUACAUGUUCCCAGGGCACAAUGAUGACAAACCUAAUGCCAAUAAGACCAAAUCUCCGUUCAUGGUGAAGAACAUGAUUCCGGUGGAUGAUGAAGAGGAUGGCAACGACACCACGGGUAACAAUUCAAUCAACUUACAGGUCACUGAUGUGGAUAAUGGCGACCCUACCUCGAGCACGCGACCGGGAUCAUUGGAGCUUCGAUUGCAUCCAACAAUGACGUCCGAAUAUAGGCCAACAACAGCUUCAUCUACCAAAAGUAAGGCGAGCAGUAUGCUUUCAGGUUACAGUGGUGAUAGCCACCAUUUCAGACUCUUCCAAUCCAACAAGAGUUCUACGGCGUCAAGAGGCUCAUCCACAAAAACGGCAGUUUCAAAGAAGCCUUCACUUGAAAGCUUACAGUCUGGUCAAUCAUUGAAGCCAACCGUGACACGAACAAGCACUAACGCAUCAGCGAAUGAGCAAGGGUCAACAAACGGCGAUCAAAAAGGCAAGCGAUUCGGUAUUCGUGGUGCAGGCAAAACACGAAAAGACAAACCAUCGGAUGACCUGACCAAAAUGAUGAGCCGUGCAUCCGAGUACAUGACGCUUGCCUAUGUCAAAAUUCCUAGUGUGGUUCUUUGCCUCAGUUACAAGGGUAAAGGCGAGCGCAAUAUUGAGGAUGUACAUGACUUUGUCUUCCGCUUACCCAUGAUUGAAUACCGGAAUAAGACCUGGUCAAACCUUGACCUGGCCCUUGCUCUCAAAAAGGAUGUCAUUCGCGCGUUGAUAUCACACACUGGAGCCAUCAUCGGUAAUAAAUUCAGCAAGCAUCGUCCCAACAUAGCACAACAAAGUCGCUUGAGAGAACUAGCCACAAGUAGUGUAGUCCUCAGCCAGCCACCAUCAACUGCCGAUGAAGCAUACGAGACCAGCGAUACGAGUAGUAUCUUCGCUACCAGUCCAACCGAGACCCGUCACUCCGAUCGAUCAGCAAGUCGCCAAACUGAUCGAUCCAAAAGCGGCGAAAGAAGAAAAUCAUUCGCAUCUAGUCGAAAUGGUAUAGAGGGUCCAGCAAGUGGCUCCAGUAGCGUUUACUCCGGUGUCUCUCAAGCUUCCAGACCCCCAUAUCAAGCGUCUUUUACGAUGACCCCGGCGAGUAGGGAAUAUGAUGAUGAUACAAGGUCGUUGAGACCAUUUAGCAGGAGUGGUGGGGUGGACGGAAAUACGAUUGAAAGGCCGCAUUCCUCUGCCGGCGCGUUUAUGGCGAGUACGUUCCAUCGGUUAAAGAAAAACCCGCUGCAGCAUAGGGAUGCAAUUAGCAGUAGCCCGAGUUUGAUUGAGGGACAUGAAAAUGGAAACGCAGAUGGGAGGGAGACAAAUGAGGAUGCGAAUGUAGAUACAGUGGAUGAGGCGCCUAAAGGAGGAAGGAAAAAGGCCAAGUCAUUGCUUGGGCGAUCACAGUGA